AUGAUGCGGGAAUUUCGCCGGUUUCUGUUUCGAGAGAAGAUGAGCUGGUUGUCGAGUUCGCUGCAGUUGGCAGGGGAACUCUUGGAGUCGGUGGACCAGAAGGCUUCUGGAAAGCUUAAGCCGCGUGGCGAGGAUCGCAAGAAACCCAAGACCGUCAGCGAAGAAGCUUGGGAAGUUAAACACACGAGCAGUGGAGGAUACGAGGACUCAACACACCAUAAUCUGCAUGUGUCGACAGAAUUCGAAACACCCAGUCACUCGAGCUCAUCGGCACACCAGGCAGCGCCGGCAAGCCCAUCUAACGGUGGUCCAGAUGCAGAUUCAUUUUCAGAAUGGAGUGAGGUCGACAACGAGAGCAACAGUGGGCUGGUCAUGUACGACGAACCACCGUUAUCGUCGUCGUCAUCCAAGUCGCAUCAAUUGCCCCCAUUGCCCGCUGAGAUGCAAAGCAUGAAGUCAGAAACACAACGGUAUGCUUUGCUAAACCUCGACCCACGGCAACCUGCAUCCUUGUAUUGCCUGGGAACGCAUAGUCUUCGUCGCGAGAACGCCAAGUUGCGCAACGACCUGUCGUCGGUGGAGCGCCAGUUAACCAACUCGACCGAGCAGCUCAGCGUAUGCCAGGAGGAGCUCGAAGCUCUGGACAAGGAAUGCAUGGACAAGAUCAAGUGUCUCGAACAGCAAAUUGCUCAAAUGGGACGCGAAAAAGCUGCCGAUGAAGCUCAAUUUGUUGCCGCUCUCGGUGUCAAAGACGCCCAUGUUCACACCCUUGAGGCAGAUCUGGCAUCAUACAAACAGCUCGUCCAAGAACAUGUCGCCGAGGCGGCAAAGCUGAAGCAGUCCAUCGAAGAGCUUACGAACACAAGGGAAGAAGCGUGGACUCACGCGGCGAGCGGAGAGGCGCAGCUACUACAACAGGUGGCUUCCCUGCAAGAAGAGCUCAAAGAUGCAGCGGUCGCCCAUGCGCAGCUCAAGAAGGAGUACGCAGACGCAAAGCAAUCCAUGUAUGCAAGGCAAUGCACCCUCGAGGCGACCAAUGCAGAGCUCACCACACUAGUCGCAAAGCGCGAACACAGCGCAAAACCGUCGGCCCCAAGCCCGACGCACGCACACCGUGCCCUUCAGGAAGCACAGGAAACCCUGGCGUCGACGAAGAAGUUGCUCCACGAAGAAUGCCGCAAAGCGAUGCUGCAAGCCCAAGAAAUCCACAAGUUGACGGGCGAUAUGGCAGCGCUACAGACUAUGCUGGUGCAAAAGGAAGCGUCCCAUCACGCGACCGUGUUGAACUUGCAGCAGCAACUGCAGGACCGUGCUGCGUUGCAGUCGAAGCCGACCCCUUCUGUGCCGUUGAUGGCGGCGGUGGCACCUGACGGACAAAUGCAAGCCAUGACUCGGCGACUCCUCGAAAAGCAAGAGCAGCUGGAUGCGCUACGAGGUCGAUACACGACCUUGGAGGUUCGAUUCAAUGACCUGAAGGCCGCCAAAGAUGCCCAAGACAAGAAUGACGACUUGGAGCUAAGUGUUCGAUCUGUACGGACCCCUCGCGGCGGAAACUACCACGGUCGACCGCGCCCAGCGCCCCACAAGGUCGCAGCUUGUACGUGUCCCCCAUGAUGCAGCCACAAGAGGACAAGGAACCUCACGGGAUGUCUAGUGGAAGCCGUGGAUCGAUGGCUUCUAAGCGUGGGGCGAUUCCUUCGGGCGUACCCUGAAGCCCGACUUGCUUUAUUGGGGUAUCUCGUGCUGCUGCAUCUGUGGGCGUUUGUGAUUUUGGGCUUCCACACGAGCCACCUGAAUGAAGAAGUAAAAGCGAAAACGGCCCCGUAGUGUACGCUACGGUGUAUUCGAUAAUGUAUUGUGAGUGUGGCGCACCUUCCUUUCCGUGCUCUGUAGAUGCCAUCGCACCAUGCUGUGGACCAAUGCCAAGA